GAGUGGGAUCGGGGUCGCGACAGGAGCGAUGGGCGCGGGUCGCCGCCUCCUCCUCUCGCUGAGCCCCGAGCGCCGGCGCUGCGCCGCGGUGAUUGGUCUGAUGGCGGCCUCGGCACUGGGCGAGAUGGCUGUGCCCUACUACAUGGGACAUGCCAGCGACUGGGUGGCCCGCGAGGACGAGCUGGCGGCCAUCCUACCCAUGGUGCUGCUGGGCCUCAGCAGUGCUGUCACUGAGCUGGUGUGCGAUGUGACCUUCGUGGGGACGCUGAGCCGCACACAGAGCCGCCUGCAGCGCCGUGUCUUCGCUGCCGUCCUGCGGCAGGACAUCGCCGAGCUGCGUGCCAACGGGGCCGGGGAUGUGGCCACGCGGGUGACACGGGACGCGGAGGAUGUGCGCGAGGCGCUGGGCCAGGCGCUGAGCCUCCUGCUCUGGUAUCUGGCACGCGGCGUCUGCCUCUUCGCCACCAUGGCCUGGCUGUCCCCGCGCAUGGCGCUGCUCACCGCGCUGGCGCUGCCGCUGCUGCUGGCCCUGCCCAGGGCUGUGGGGCACUUCAGGCAGGCCCUGGCACCACAGAUGCAGAAGGCGCAGGCCCGGGCCAGCGAGGUGGCAGUGGAGACUUUCCAAGCCAUGGCCACCGUGCGCAGCUUCGCCAACGAGGACGGGGCGGCUGCGCACUACCGGCAGCGCCUGCAGCAGAGCCACCGCCUGGAGAAGAAGGAUGUGGCCCUCUACACCGUCUCUGUGUGGACCAGCGGUUUCUCAGCGUUGGCCCUGAAGGUGGGGAUCCUCUACUAUGGGGGGCAGCUGGUGGCUGCAGGGACCGUCAGCACUGGGGACCUUGUCACCUUCCUCCUCUACCAGAUGCAGUUCACUGAUGUUGUGGAGGUCCUGCUCCGCUAUUACCCCACACUGACAAAGGCUGUGGGCUCUUCGGAGAAGAUCUUUGAGUUCCUGGACCGGGAGCCACAGGUUGCACCCUCGGGGACAAUGGCACCCAGUGACCUGCAGGGCCACCUCCAGCUGGAGGACGUCUGGUUCUCCUACCCUGGACGCCAGGAGCCCGUCCUCAAGGGCGUAUCGCUGGAGCUGCGCCCAGGGGAGGUGCUGGCGCUGCUGGGACCCCCGGGUGCAGGGAAGAGCACUCUGGUGGCCCUCGUGUCACGCCUGCACCAGCCCACGGCCGGGCGCCUGCUGCUGGAUGGCCACCCCCUCCCCAGCUACCAGCACUCCUACCUGUGCCGCCAGGUGGCUGUGGUCCCCCAGGAGCCGCUGCUCUUUGCCCGCUCGCUCCAUGCCAACAUCUCCUAUGGGUUGGGGUGCUGCAGCCGGGCGCAGGUGACAGCAGCUGCCCGCAAGGUGGGAGCCCACAACUUCAUCACCCGCCUUCCCCAAGGCUACGACACAGAGGUGGGCGAGUUGGGAGGACAGCUCUCCGGGGGGCAGCGGCAGGCGGUGGCCAUUGCCCGUGCGCUGCUGCGGGACCCCCGCAUCCUCAUCCUCGACGAGCAUAGCAGCGCCCUGGACACUGAGUGCCAGCAGCAGGUGGAACAGGAGAUCCUUGCAGCCAGAGGGUCGGGGCGUGCAGUGCUGAUGGUGACGGGCCGGGCAGCCCUGGCAGCACGGGCACAGCGGGUGGCUGUGCUGGAUGGGGGAGAGGUGCGCCAGCAGGGACCCCCCCCACGAGGUGCUGCACCCCGGAAGCCCCACGUGGCACCUGCUGCAGGACUGGGGACAACAGGGAGCACCAGGGGAGGGGAACAGAGGGAGUGGGGAUGAGGGAUA